CGGAAAAUUUUACCACCCCUUCUCUUCAAACUCCAAAAUUUUCGUAUCUACUUUUUCCUUUUAAAUUUCUACACCGCUCUCCCAUGGAUCUAUCCACCACCUGAUCCGCCCUUUCUUCUUCCUCCUCCUCCUUCCAUGUUUCAACCACUCUCAUAACUCCCUUCUCUCUUUCUCUCUUUCUCUCUCUCUUCAACCCCUCAACAAUGGCAGCUACUGAAACAGACUUUGAUCUCAGACAAUCUCCGCAGUCUAUCUACUCCGUCGGCGACUAUACUUUUGCGGAUGUUAAUAACUUGGACCAUUGCGCUAAGUAUUUGAACCAGACACUUAUCACAUUUGGAUUUCCGGCUUCGCUCGAUCUGUUCUCGAAUGAUCCGGUUUCGAUUGCGAGGACUUGCAAUUGUAUAUAUUUUUUGCUUCAGCAGAGGCAGCGUGACAUUGAGUUUAGGGAAUCUGCUAAUGAACAGAGACAGAGGCUACUUUCAGAUAUAUCAAGAUUGGAGACCAAAGUUGAGAGGCUAGAGUCGGUAGUACAAGCUAAAGAUAGGGAGAUUGCAACAAUUACACGAACAGAAGCAAAAUCUAAGGCUGCUUUCAAAGCUCAAAUUGACAAGCUACAGCAGGAAAAGGAUGAAUUUCAGAGAAUGGUUAUUGGAAAUCAGCAAGUAAGAACUCAACAAAUACAUGAGAUGAAGAAGAAAGAAAAGGAGUACAUCAAAUUGCAGGAAAGGCUAAACCAAGUCUUAAUGGAGAAAAAGAAGGAAUCUAGAUCAGGAAUGGAGAUAAUGAAUUUGCUACAGAAAGAAGGGCGACAACGGGGAACUUGGAAUGGCAAGAAGACUGAUAACGAUUUCUAUAAAAAGAUAGUGGAUGCUUAUGAAGUAAAAAAUCAAGAAUUGAUGUCAGAGAAUGCUGAUUUAAAGACAUUGUUACGGUCAAUGCAGGUUGACAUGCGGGAUUUCUUAAAUGCUCCUAAUGGACUACCUAAGCAGCCCCUCACAAUUAAUGAAAGAGUUGAAAGUGAAGGUGCACAGUCUCCAUUUGGUGGGAGGACGGAUGUUUUUGACCUUCCCUUUCAUAUGGCAAGAGAUAAGAUUGAAGAGAGCCUUCGGAAUAAGAUGGCUUCUAUAAAGGAGCGGAUGGGUCAGCUGCAAGAUGCUCAGAAAGAAUCUGAAGUUACUUCUGAAGCUACGGAGAGGGAACUUGAGUUAGAAGCACAACUUGUAGAGGCAAGGAGCAUAAUUCAGGAGCAGGCAUCGAUCAUGUCUAAACAUCUUGCCAAGUCGGAGAGGCCAAGAAAUCUUAAUGGCCCUUUUGAUUCUGGCAGAGAAUCCAUCAUUUCAUCUCCCACCGAGGGAGUAGGGAACAAACAAGCUCAGCGGCUAUAGAGUAUUAUAGAGUUGAGUUGCCGCAAGGACAAGCAAACGAGUAAGACCCAUCUUUUUGUAUAGCAAUUCUUAACUAGGUGAUUCAGGAGUCUUGUUCUACUUGUUUGAUUGAUACACACACUAAACGAAUAUAUAGCUCUAACCUUAAUUACUAAUGUGUAAUUAGUAUGUAGCCUUCUCCCUUUAAAUUAUUAAUGCCCCAUUCGUCGCGUAGUUUCCUUUA